GUGCUAACCCAAAUCGCAGAUACAGCACCUUAUUAUGAACAGCGGCUGUUAAUGGGCGUAGCUCGCCCGUAAGCGUUUCUUUUUUUCUUUUGGAUCCUUAUUUAUAGAUUUUAUUUUUAGGAUGGAAGAGUUACCAAAAAAAAAAAAGCCGUGAAAAACAAUCAGAUAGGCAAAGCAGAACUGUAGAGCUCGUUUUUCCACCCUUUGUUGGCGAAAAUUCUCUCAGACAAUGACAGAAAUAUAGACUGAGAUGGCCAGAUAUGGCCGCUUCUGAAAAAAGUCAAGGCAGGCCUGACGCAAUAAUCUCAGAAGUGACAAGCGGCAAAGCUGGUGCUUCUCUUAGAUUUGGUGAAUGCAAAACGUCCGGCAAGUGCAGCACUGCUUCGUUGUGUAAGGAUGUAAUAAAACUUACACAACUUACACAGCGAAGUAUCAACAUCAACAGCAUCAAGUCGGUGUUCUGCUUCCAAAUCCAUGGUACAUACACUAUAGCCACGUAAUAUACCCUUGAAAAAUACUAAUUUUCACUUACUAGGAUUUGGAAUUGCUUUUUAUAUGAAGGUGUUUACACAUUCACUUAACUUGCAAAGAUGGAGUUCCCUCGCUCCCUGGAAGAGCUGCUGCAAUUUGUAUAUAUGAAGACAACUAGCCUACUUUUGCAAGUAGCAGUGUCUAAGGACAAAGAUGGUUCAAGAAGUGGAUCAUAAUGCCAUAAGCUCUUUAAUUCUCAGCAGUUACAGCCAUGCCUGCCCUUGUCCUGCAAAUUUUAAAUAAAUAUGUACUUUUUUUAAACAAACAAAUCAAAAUACUUUUUUUUUGGAGGGCACUGUACAGCUUUUGUUACCUGAGAUCAAAUAUCCAAUAAACAAGUGAGUCACUCUGGACACCCCAUUUCAGUAU